AUGGGUGACAGAAGAUUCAUUGACUUCCAAUUCCAAGAUUUAAAUUCAAGCCUCAGACCCAGGUUGGGCAAUGCUACUGCCAAUAAUACUUGCAUUGUUGAUGAUUCCUUCAAGUAUAAUCUGAAUGGUGCUGUCUACAGUGUUGUAUUCAUCCUGGGUCUGAUAACCAACAGUGCCUCUCUGUUUGUCUUCUGCUUCCGCAUGAAAAUGAGAAGUGAGACGGCUGUUUUCAUCACCAAUCUGGCCCUCUCUGAUUUGCUCUUUGUCUGCACUCUACCUUUCAAAAUAUUUUACAAUUUCAACCGCCACUGGCCUUUUGGUGACACCCUCUGCAAGAUCUCUGGGACUGCAUUUCUAACCAACAUCUAUGGGAGCAUGCUCUUCCUUACCUGUAUUAGCGUGGAUCGCUUCCUGGCCAUUGUCUAUCCCUUCCGAUCUCGUACCAUUAGGACCAGGAGGAAUUCUGCCAUUGUGUGUGCUGGAGUCUGGAUCCUAGUCCUCAGUGGUGGUAUUUCAGCCUCUUUAUUCUCCACCACUAAUGUCAACAAUGCAACCACCACCUGCUUUGAGGGCUUCUCCAAACGUGUAUGGAAGACUUAUCUGUCCAAGAUAACCAUAUUUAUUGAAGUUGUUGGUUUUAUCAUUCCUUUGAUACUGAAUGUCUCUUGCUCUUCUGUGGUGCUAAAAACCCUCCGUAAGCCUGCUACACUGUCUCAAAUUGGGACCAAUAAGAAAAAAGUACUGAAGAUGAUCACAGUGCAUAUGGCAGUCUUUGUGGUAUGCUUCGUACCCUAUAACUCCGUCCUCUUCCUGUAUGCCCUAGUGCGCUCCCAAGCCAUUACCAAUUGCUUGUUGGAAAGAUUUGCAAAGAUUAUGUACCCAAUCACCUUGUGCCUUGCAACUCUGAACUGUUGCUUUGACCCUUUCAUCUAUUACUUCACCCUUGAGUCCUUUCAGAAGUCCUUCUACAUCAAUACCCAUAUCAGGAUGGAGUCUCUGUUUAAGACUGAAACACCUCUGACCACAAAGCCUUCCCUUCCAGCUAUUCAAGAGGAAGUUAGUGAUCAAACAACACAUAAUGGUGGUGAAUUAAUGCUAGAAUCCACCUUCUAG